AUGGCAAAAUUGAAGUCGGCCCGCAUCUUCCUUGUGAAGGACCCUCCUUUGUAUCCCUUGACUUCCCUUUUUUCCACCAUCACCAAUUUCCUCAAAUCCUCCCGAAACAGGAGCUACACUACCACCUCAACCACCCCAGACUUGAGCUCCAAUAACAACCUUCUAACCAACUACCUCACGGAAUUUCUAAAUUACACCCCACACGAAGCGGCCUCAAUAUCCAGCCAGGUCUCACCAAGACUCUCCACACAAAAUCCCGACUCAGUCGUCAACUACUUGAAAUCCCUCGGCUUCUCCACUGCCCAUCUGCAGAGUGCAAUCCAACGCCAGCCCAUGCUCCUAUUCUUGGAUGUCGAUAAGAAUCUCAAGCCCAAAAUCGACUUCUAUCAAGAACUGGGCUUGCACGGGCCCCACCUGCCCGUUCUCAUCUCCAAGAACCCUGGCUUCCUGACCGGAAGCCUGGACAAAAGGCUAAAACCGAGCAUCGAAGCUAUCAAGAAAGUCCUCGAGCUCUACUUCAGCUUAAAGAAGGACGAAAUUAACCUUCUCGUUUUCAGCAUACUCUCGAGGCCCGGCUUUAUCAUCACGAGCUGGUCGAGAAUGGAAUCCAAUAUGGCCUACCUGAGGAGCUGUGGGGUCAUGGACUCUCAACUGAUCAUGCUUCUUAAAAACUAUCCUAUGAUUUUCGUCACACCAGGGGAUGACCUGAAAGGCCUCGUCUCACGGGCUGUUGAGAUGGGCUUCAAGGCGGGCUCGAAGAUGCUGAUCUACGGUGUCCUAGUCCUCUACAGCUAUAAUCCCAAGACUCUUAGUAGAAAGUUCGAGCUGUUUCGGGAGCUUGGGUUCACGAGGGACGAGUGUGAUUCGAUUUUCGUGAAGUGGCCUAUUCUUUUCAAGACGUCUGAGGAGAAACUGAGGCGUGGGGUCGAGUUCUUCACAAAGACUGUCGGGUUUGACAGGUCGAUGCUGGUGGGGUCACCUUCCCUUUUGACGCUUAGUGUGGAGAAGAGAAUGAUACCGAGGCUGAGAGUGAUGGAGAUGGUGAAGUCGAGGGGGCUUCUGGAGAAGGAGCCAAGUUUUGUUGGUGUGUUGCAUAUGACGGAAAAGAAGUUUCUGAGUGUUUAUGUGUCGAGAUUCAGUAGUGAUGCCGAAGAAUUGAAGGAGGCUUACAAGAAGUGGUGUUUGGGAUCUUCCUGCAGCCAUUGCCUACCGUCUCGACAAGAAAGCAACGAGCGUUGGCGAAAAGAAUGUCGUCUUGUCUUGAUUUUCGAUCUUGGAGGCGGCACUUUUGAUGUUAAGGCCACUGCUGGUGACACCCAUCUCGGUGGUGAAGAUUUCGAUAAACCAUUUUAUCAAGAAUUCAAGCAUAAGCACAACAAGGAUAUCACUGGCAGUACUCGUGCUCUUCGGACCGCUUGUGAGCGUGCAAAGAGGACUCUCUCGUCCACUGCCCAGACCACCAUCGAGAUUGACUCUCUCUACAAAGGUGUUGACUUCUACUCCACAAUCACCUGA